AUGUUCGAAGGACUGACUUUCAAUUACAAAGGGAAAAAAGAAAAGAUUGACUCUUUGGCCAAGGCCAAAACCUUUUUGGAACUACAGCAGACUCCAGCAAAACCAAUAAGAGAAACCUUGGACAAUAAUGCUACAGAUGAAAGUGAAGAAAAAGCAAGUAGUGGCAGUUCCUACUCUACAUCGGUUUCAUUAGGUGACUUUAUGGACUCUGAAUCUGAACUAGGGGAGGCUGCCCCUAGAUCAUACAAAGUUAAACUGCCUGUCAAGAAGAAGAAGAAGCAGAACCAGAAGAAAAAACCUAAACUACGUGAGGAGCUCUCUGAGGCAAAUGAACAGAGCACAACACUGCAGAGGGAACUGGAAAAAUUGAAUGAAGAGGAGUCAAGGCUUGAGGAAAUCUUGAACGAGAAGAAAGCAGCCCGAAAGAUUGUGGAGCGGCACUCUGAAGAGAGAGAAGCAGAGAUGAAGAGACAACAGAAACUGAACCUGGAAAGCAAGGAGAGAACUGAGGAACUCGAGGCCAAGAUUCAGGAGGAGAAACUGAAGCAAAGGAAGCAGAGAAUGGAAUUUGAGCAGCGACUGGAAGAGCUGAUGGAGAAGCACAGGAGCCUCUGGGAGUGCUAUGUAAGAAAGAAGCCGAUGACUGAGGCUGACAAAGAGGUUUUGCUGGCCAAAGAGAAACUUAUCCAGGAGAAACUGGCUCGUGUGCAGGAUGAGUUGGAUUUGCUGAGGUGCUCUCCCUUCAAUGAAGAGCGGAGGUUUCUCAAGAGCCCCGCAGCAGCUUGUGCCAUGGAACUGUUUCAAGAAGAAUAUAAGAAAGCGACAGAGUAUCUGGAAACAACCACUAAGGAGAAUUCUGAUUUGCAGGAGAGGUGCAGGAGACUAAAAGCAGAACUGGAAAACCUAGGGGUACAGGAUGGUUGCCCCAAGGAAGACUAA